AAAUUCCAUAAUCACGGUGAAAAUGUUGAGGCUCGUGUUUCAUGGCAGCAAGUGUCAGUCAUGUCAAUCACACUGUCAACGAUAGGGCUCUGCCUUGAAAAGCACCAUCGACGAGGUUAGCUCGCUAAUAACUGUUGAUUUUUUGAGUCAUAAAGCCAGCAUGCCAAAAUCUGGGACAACAGGACGCUUGAGCAACGAGAGCUGUUCACAGUCGGGGGUGGAACCCAGAAAACGCAUCUGUUUUCCCGAGACUUCCACUCACAGACUAUAAAGGGAAGGGGAAGGGGCUGUGGCAGGCAAAUCUCCCGGCAGCUGAUACCAAACCCGUCUAUAUAUAGCCUCCACGGCCUGGUCAUUGCAGUAGAGCAGAGGCCGAGGGAAGCCACAUGCUUUUUACCUUUCUGGAAGUUUCUGAUUUAGUUUUUGUGCUUGAAAUACAAUGAACAAGCCCAAAAUUGCCAGACCGGAGGAGAGCCAGCCCGCACAUGCGCUGUGGUUUGACAGGAAGAAAUACGUCACUAUAAACUUUGUGGUUCAGAGACCUAAAGAUGUCCAGGUGGAUAUCCAGGAUGAUAAAAUGAUUUUAUGCUGCAAAAACCAAACAGAUGACGUGAUCUACAAUGAGCUGUACUUCUACGACAAAGUUCAAAAAUUUGACUCAAGAGAAACAGUCCAUGAACGCACCAUCCAUGUCCUGCUGAGGAAGAUGAAGCCUGACUAUGCAUGGCCUCGUCUCCAGAGGGAUGAAGCUAAGCCAAGCUGGAUCGCUGUCGACUUUGAUAACUGGAGGGACUGGGAGCACGAGGAAGACGAAGGGAAGGAAGAGUUUGACAGAUACGCAGAUAUGAUCAAAGAAAUGGCUUCGGAAAAUAAAGGAGCAGCACCAGAUAUGGACGAUCUAAGUGAUUCUGACUGAGCCUCACAGUACACUCUCUCUUGUGUUGGAGGCCACUGCAACUUCAUUGCUCAGAACCAGAGGACAACACUACGUUUGCUGAAGCUUGUAAUAUUUGCCAAUGAUUUUGUGUGUUCAAAAUACUGUUUUUACAUAUGUGAUAUUUUCUAUGGGACUAUUUAUUGACUAAUUAUUGUCCACUGUGCACUGGCAUUAUCCGCAGUUUUAAUAAAAAAUGUGAUUUUUCAACAUGG